AUGCACCCAGACGUGGAGCAGGAGCUUGCACAUACGCUCCUUGUGGAGCUUCUAGCGCAUCAAUUUGCAUAUCCAGUAAAAUGGGUUGAAACUCAAGACGUAAUUUUAGGAGAGGUGAACGCUGAGAGAAUUAUCGAAGUUGGGCCAUCUCCAAUUUUAACCAAUAUGAUGAAGAGGACAACUGAAGCGAAGUUCGCCAAAAGCGACCAGGCUCGCAACAUCAAUCGGCAGAUUUUGGCACCUCAAAAAGAUACCGCCGAGAUUUACUACAAACACGAGGCUAUUGAAGAAGCACAAGCAUCCGCGCCAACAGAAUCUUCCGACGCAGAUAUUCAACCUCGCGAAGAUAGCGCAGCGAAAAUACAACAGCCACUGCCAGUCUCCAGAGCUCCGGUAAUCGCAGCUCAGGAGAUAGACGACGCAGAUGUGCCAGUAUCAGCUAUAUUGUUGAGCAUAUUAGCACCGAAGUUGAAGAAGGAUCCCGAAUCCAUUCCCAUGACGGGCACUAUCAGCCAUCUCGUCGGAGGUCGCUCCACUCUUUCGAAUGAGAUAGUUGGAGACUUGCUUGCCGAAUUUACUAAUGCUGUUCCGGACAAGCCUGAAGAAGUUCCCUUAGGUGCACUUUGUCAAACCCUCAGCGUGAACCACCUGGGACAACUUGGAAAAGUCACCACAUCUCUUGUCUCCAAGAUGUUAUCAUCAAAGUUUCCUGGAGACUAUGGUCAGUCAAAAGUCCGUCAGCAUUUACAAGAGAAAUGGGGAUUGGGCCAAAAGCGUCAGGAUGCUGUACUUUUGCUCGCAGUUACCAAACAACCAGGCAGUCGCCUCGCGAGCUCCAACGAUGCAAGCAUAUUCCUAGAUGAAAAUACAGCGACAUAUUUUGCAAAAGAGAAGCUAGCUCUACCUUCUCUUGGUUCAGUGCAAUCAAACGAGCCGGUUGUUGAUGCGCAGGCGUUGCGAUUGGCAAAGGAACAGAACGAUUUCUUACUUCGCGACAUCAUGAAUGUCUUGAGUGGACAUGUUGGAGGAAGCACGAAUACCUCAGAUGACGUGCGGGCGCCAGGAAGAGAAUCUGAGGAUACGACCACGAAGCAACUGGACAUGUGGCUAGCCGAGCACGGAGACGACUACGCAAAAGGCAUGACGCCUAUAUUUGACGCCAAGAAGCAGCGUGUAUACGACUCAUUCUGGAACUGGAAUGCCCACGACAUUUUCACCCUCUUUCAACUUCACAAGUCGACACGGGCAUGCAGUAUCCAGGCCUUGGAGAAGCUGUCGAUGAGUAUUGUCAAUCGAGCUUGUGACAGAACCGUAGAACAGCUGGACUUCGUUAUCUCAGAGGCUGGAAAGAAUCCUUCCACAGAGCCUGAGUUACUUGAAGCAAUGAGGCUAUUGCGCCAAGUCUCCCUUGAGUGUCUGGAUCGGCAACCGCGAUUCGUUAAUCUGACACCUAGAUUGGCUCCUUUGACGACCAUCGGUCGCGAUGGCAGCCUCGUGUUUAACGAGAUUGCUCGCAAUGCGGGAUCCACAAAGAAAGAAGCGACGAAAGACUUUCCUUCCGUCCACCAAGACGACUUUCAUCUCUUCCCUGUCAGUUGUGUUGAUGGUACUGCUAUCAACUACUCGAACAACCAUAGUGAGGUAUUAGCAUACGAUCUCGAACAUGGCAGAUACUCGGGGUUUUCCUUCAGCGGAAGAAACGUCCUGGUUACUGGAGCUGGAAGGCAUUCCAUUGGCAACCACAUUCUCCGUUAUCUGCUUGCUGGCGGAGCCAGAGUCACAGUCACAACUAGUAGUUUCUCAGAGGAAGUAACUACUAUGUUCCAGAGCAUCUAUACCCGGCAUGGUUCCAAGGGUUCUGUUCUUCGUCUCGUACCUUUUAACCAAGGCAGCCUGGGCGACGUGCAAAACCUGAUCAAGCACAUAUACACUGAUCCAGCUUGGGACCUCGACUUCAUAGUGCCAUUUGCUGCCAUUUCUGAAAAUGGCCGAGGAGUCGAAGAUCUUGACUCGAAGUCUGAGAUUGCACAUCGCGCGAUGUUAACGAAUCUUGUGCGCCUCCUUGGUGCCGUAGCAAGUCACAAGAGACUGCGAGACAUCGUCACCAGGCCAGCCACAGUUGUCCUUCCACUGUCGCCCAAUCAUGGCCUUAUGGGUAACGAUGGGCUGUACUCAGAAUCCAAAAGAUCUCUUGAGGCCCUUCUCCCCAAAUGGGCCUCCGAGUCUUGGGGCAGCUACCUUUCUUUGAUGGGUGUUAUUAUUGGCUGGACCCGGGGAACGAGUCUCAUGGACGAUAACGAUGUUGUGGCUCAGGCCGUCGAAUCUUUCGGAGUACGGACAUUUUCUGCUGCAGAGAUGGCGUCAAAUAUCGUUUCUCUAAUGGGUGGGAGAUUAAAUGCAGCGUGUCAAGAGAGCCCUCUUGUUGUUGACAUGGGCGGUGGCCUCGGAAAGGUACAGAGCUUCAAGGAAAGAUUGACAAAGGCUCGCCGAGAGCUCCACGCUUAUGCGGAUCUGCAGAAGCUCACGACACAGGAAAUACGCAGAGAUAUUACCUGUGUUAUAGGAAAUGAGGUCUCGACACAUGCUUCAAUAGGUAAACGUGUCCGGGCCAGAGCCAAUAUCCAGCUCCCACUUCCGCAGCCUUUAGACUACGAAAAGGAUAUUGCGCCUCUCGCGACUUCUUUAGAUAGAAUGGUAGAUUUGAGCAGAGUGGUAGUUGUCACAGGAUUCGCUGAACUGGGACCUCACGGUAACAGCAGAACGCGAUGGGAGAUGGAAGACAGUGGCACAUUUUCCCUGGAAGGAUGUGUUGAGAUGGCUUGGUUGAUGAACCUGAUCAAGCAUCAUACAGGUGUUGACAAGGCUGGAAAUUAUUUCUCUGGAUGGGUGGACACUAAGACAUCUGAGCCCAUAAACGACGAUGAGAUUCCAGCGAAAUAUCUAGAGUUCAUUGCCACGCACUCGGGUAUUCGAAAGAUUGAGCCUGAGAACUGCGACAAUGGAUACGACCCGCACAACAAAGAAUCUUUGAUCGAAGUCGCUCUUCAGCGUGACCUCGCCCCGUUUGAGACGUCUCUUGAGACAGCCGAGACUCUUGGACGUCAGCACGGUAACAAAGUUACUAUCACGAAAGAUGGGACAGGAGGUUGCCAGGUCCAGCUGAGGGCCGGUGCCACCAUUUUGGUACCACGCUCAUCACGCUUCAAUCGCACUGUGGCUGGCCAGAUACCUGCAGGCUGGACAGCCAAGCGAUACGGAAUAUCGGAUGAUAUCAUUGAACAGGUUGAUCCUGUUACUCUCUUCUCUCUUGUCUGCACUGUCGAGGCACUUGUGUGUUCAGGAAUAGUCGAUCCCUAUGAGUUUUAUCAGCAUAUCCAUGUGUCUGAGUUUGGGAACUGUUUAGGUUCGAGCAUGGGUGGGUUAUCCUCGCUGAGGAAAAUGCAUCGAGAUCGAUACAUCGACAAGUCAGUCAAAAGCGAUAUUUUACAAGAGACUUUUAUCAAUACGACUGGAGCCUGGAUCAACAUGUUACUUAGCUCGUCGGCCGGUCCCAUCAGAACACCAGUAGGAGCCUGUGCCACAUCACUCGAGUCUCUAGAUACAGGCUGCGAUCUCAUCAUGCUCAAAAAGGCCAAGGUCUGUCUCGUUGGUGGCGUCGAAGACUUUGUUGAAGAUGUGUCAUUUGAGUUUGGCAGUAUGAAGGCUACGUGUGAUACCGAUGCCGAGUUCGCCGCUGGAAGAGCCCCGAAGGAGAUGUCACGGCCAACAGCAUCGUCAAGGAGCGGUUUUGUCGAGUCUCAAGGAUGUGGCGUUCAAGUGCUCACAUCGGCGGAACUAGCACUUGAGAUGGGACUACCAAUCUUUGGGAUUGUGGCCUACGCAAAUAUGGCAGCAGAUAAAGCAGGACGCUCUGUUCCUGCUCCAGGCAAAGGUGUGUUAACAAAUGCACGAGAGAAGUCGACAACACCUAGCCCACUGUUGGAUAUCAAUUACAGGAGGAGGCUACUUCAGCUACGGCGAACACAAAUACAUCAAGGUGUCUCUGAUUAUCUCGACAUCCUCAAGACUGAGUUGACCUUUCUCCAAGAGACAACCAGUGCUGGCGACCUGGAUACAUACAGAGAGAACAGAGAGAAACUCAUCAAAGAAGAGGCACGACGACAAGAUGCUGAAGCUACAUUCAAUCUUGGGAACCAAUUCUGGACGAGGGAAGAGACAGGCCGUAUCUCUCCUAUACGAGGCUCCUUAUCCGUAUGGGGGCUGAGCAUUGACGACAUAUCAGUCGCAUCUCUCCACGGCACAUCGACUGUUCAGAAUGAUCUAAAUGAGCCUAUGGUGAUACAGGAACAGAUGAGGCAUCUGGGUAGACGCAGAGGUAAUCUGCUUCCUUGUGUCUGCCAAAAGUGGUUGACAGGCCAUUCCAAGGGCGCUGCCGGCUCCUGGAUGAUCAAUGGCUGUCUGCAGAUGAUGAACUCGGGCAUGAUUCCUGGCAACAGAAACGCCGAUAAUGUGGAAGAAAAGCUUCGCAAGCACCAUCAUCUUGUCUUUCCUAAUACCACUCUGCAGACAGAAUGCGUAAAGGCCUGCUCGGUUACUUCGUUCGGCUUUGGCCAGAAGGGUGCUCAAGCACUCAUUGUGAACCCGCGCUAUCUCCUUGCCACGGUCGGCAGAGAGAAGUAUAAUGAUUACAUUGGCAAGAGAGAUCAGAGGUGGAGAAAGGCUUGUCGUCGCUUAUCUGAGGCUAUGGUGCGUGAUGAUAUGGUAUCAGCCUGUAUCAAGACGCAGGCUCCUUAUGCAGCUGAUGACGGUGUUGCUGCACUGCUGGAUCCGACUGCACGAUUUUGA